CCACGUCAAGCUGAUAUAAGGCUAACGGAACACUCUCUGGCCUGAUAUAAGGCUAACGGAACACUCUCUGACUUAUUCGCCCUGACAUUCGCCAUGAACACGAUUGUCAUCUUCGCUCUCGCCUGCGUCAUUGCCAGUACCAGUGCUCUGGUUGGUGAAACCUGUACCAGAGAUGACCAGUGUGACGCAGGAGAAUGUUGUCAGAUCCUCAGUCUCUUCAUGAUCGCCAGCAGACGUCAACUUGAGGCCAUCAACAUGCUACAGAGCCCAACCAGUGGCACUUGCCAGAAGUACCAGCUGGAGGGCGACAGCUGCAGCACAUUCGAGAAGAUGAACGGCUACUGCAGCUGUGAGCCGGGCACUGAAUGUCACAUGACCGAGGUCCCCCUCCCCACAGACACCCCCACCUCCAAGAUGAUCAUCAUGCUACCUCCAAGACCCGGGUACCAGUGGGUCUCCAAGUGUGAGAAACCCGCAGCUUAAGUCUUAAGCUUGAGCUUAAACCCUCACCUAAACUCUGACCACAGGGAAAUUAAAACUUACAUGAAUAAUUUUUGGGUCCUUUGUGUAUCGAAUGUCAAAUGUAAAGAUAAAAACAACAAACUAAC